UUUUUAGAGCCAUCGAUCACCUGCUAUGAAUGUGAAACGUAUGGCGCCGAUUGUUUUACAGGGCAGUGUACCGCCCAGUAUUGCCUAUUUGAGCGACAGCGUCGAUUAUCAACUGGAACGAUGUACGUGAAAAAAUCCUGCACAAAUCUGCCUUUUAUCGAAUAUCCUGACAACAGACCAUCGACUGCGUUGAACACGUGUGAGCAGCGAACCAUCGUCGACGUGCAGUACCAAGUUCGAGUAUGCAAUUCUGGAAAUAACUGCAACGUGGCCUGCCCAGAACCAGACCAGCAAUUUGUCGCAUGUUAUCAGUGCGAAGCAGAUCAAGACGACUGUAACACGGGAUCUUGCCAAGGAAGAUACUGUCUGUUCAGUAGAACCCAGUCAUCGACGGGUUACCGUGUGAAGAAGUCCUGCAUCAACAGCGAACACCUCUAUUACGUGACCAUGUGCAGGUACACACUCGAGAAGUCCUGCACCAACAGCGACGCACUCUUUUACGUGGACAAUGUGCAGUACACCUCGUUUGGCAAUUGCGAGUAUAGGCAGGUGAAUUCUAUUAACUACGACCUAAAACUGUGCAAUUCGUCUUCGUACUGCAACACGGUCUGUCCUGCAGGGCCAUUCCCAUCCCAGCUGUCCGCUUCUGCUUCGAUAUAUGUUGAAUUCGUAUGGACACUGUGA